AUGUCGCUAGGGGAACUGAGAGGGAAUGAAGGAAAGAUCCCUGCUACGGUGCAGCCUACUGGGCGGGAGAACAUCAGCGAGGUCUCCCUGAGGUCAGGAAAGUUAUAUCAAAGCCCCACUCCACCUGCAAGUCCCCCAGUAUCUACAUUAGGACUGAGACGCGAAGAAGGAGCAGAGUCCAGUUCCCUUGAUCAGGCCGCCGGAGGAAAAGAUAAGGGAAAGACGAAAGUAUGCGGGGAGACCUCAGGAGAAGGUCAAGGCAAUGGAACUGAGAAGACCAAGCCCUACCCCUACCGUGGCAUGAUUACAAGAAAGAGAGAUGCCACGAUAGAUUUGGCCAGUUUAUUCAAAGACGUGGAAGUCAAGGUGCCACUCCUGACGGCGUUGAAGAUGCCCACUAUCAGUAAAUUUGUCAAAGACUACGUGGCGGGAAGGGUCACUGAAGAAGGAAGGAUGGUUACAGAGGAGAAUAUCUCUGCAGUGAUCCAGCGGAGUGGCCUCCCAUCAAAGAAGACCGACCCAGGGAUGUUCACACUCCCAAUCUCAAUUGGAGACAUUCAAGUGGAACAGACAAUGUGCGAUCUAGGGGCGUCUAUCAAUGUGAUGCUGUAUUCUAUAUACAAGAAGCUGGGAGAGCCUAAGCUUGUCGACACCGACAUCAUGAUACGGCUAGCCGACAUGUCUUGCAUUCACCCCGAGGGAAUUCUUGAAGAUGUGAUUGUGAAGGUGAACAAGUACCCAGUCGACUUUUUCAUCAUCAAAAUGACAGAUCCAGCAACGAAGGAGUCUAGUGGAGUCUUAUUGGGGAGGCCAUUCCUGUCUAUAGCCAGCACAAUAAUCGACGUCCACAAAGGGACGAUCAGUCUGGACUUCAAUGGAGAACAAUUCACGUUAAACAUCGAUGAAGCGAUGAAGAGGCCGAGGGACAGUGAGAACGUGCACUCAGUGGACACAGUCGAGCCUCUGGUGCAAGAGUAUCUAGAAGAGGAGUUCCUACAGAGACAAUUCACAGACUCUGCAGCAGACGAAGAAAUUGAGAAAGAAGUCGUUGGCUGGUACGACGCUAUGAAAGUGGGCGAGAUGGAUGAUCAAGCCACCGCGAAGGCGGUGAUGGAUUUCUGUGAGCGACCGCGGCCAGCUGGGUCAGCGGGAGAGCUCAACUGUCAAGCGUCGAGAAGCUGCCUGAUCAAGGCACUCCACUGA